AUGGGUGAAAGGAAACUUCUGGGUCCUGAGAUUGUACAAGCGACAGUGGACAAGGUCAAUAUUAUAUGGGCCAAGGUGAAAGCAGCACAAGAUAAGCAAAAGAGCUACGUGAAUGUGCAUAGGAAGGAUCUAGAGUUUGAGGUUGGUGAUCAGAUAGUUGAAAUGAUAGGUUCAGUGGCUUACAUGUUGAACUUGCCAAAGGAGCUUUCUCGAGUCCAUGAUGUGUUCCACAUCUCCAUGCUCCACAAGUAUAUCUUAGAUUCAUCACAUGUGUUGGAGACACCACAUAUUAAGUUGAAGGAUGACUUAUCUUGUGAAGAGUAA